AUGUAUUUUUAUCUCUCUUUCCCCUUCCUUUAUGAUUUUACCAUUCUUUACCACUCUCCACUGCCAAAUCUUUCUCCUUCUCUGAUGUUGUUACCUCACAUUCCCUUACUCUUAUACUUUUAUCUCUGUUCUGCUUUUCCUACAUCAUUACUGAUUUUUCCUCUCUCUUGCAUCUUUACCUAUAUUUCUCAUUUUCCAAUGUCAUUUCUCUCCUUCUCUAUCUGUUCUAUGCAUUUACCUCACUUUCCUCUUCUAUACUUUUAUCUUUUUCUCUACUUUUUUCUAAGCUUACCACCCUUCUACUCGUUCCUAAAACUUUACUUUUCUUUUCAAGUUCCCAAACCUUCCUUUACAUCUUUUACUCCUUUACCUAUCUUCAUCACUCUUUCACCAUCUCAUUUUUACUUUAACUCAUUUCCUCCCUCUCUUAUACCUUUACAUCUUCCUCUGUCUAUUCUGUGCCUUUACCUCUUUUCCCAUUUCCUAUAUUGUUACCUUACUUCCUCCCUCCUAUGCACACUUUUUCUCUCCUAUGCCUUUACCUGA